UGUGGCUCAAGGUGGUUCCAGGGACAAAGACUUGCUGAGUGUUAGGGUCAGGGCUGGGCACCUGGAUGGAGCAGCUGGGUGUACAGUCACAUCUAUUCUAUUGUGUCUUGCCCUGCAGCCUCUCUCCUGCGCAGAAAGAGGCAACACCUCCCCAGACAACUUCAGCUGCUGAUGAGCACUUGCAGCCUCCCAGGCUCGAGUGGGCAGAUGUCCCACCUGGGACUGCAGACCCACGCGCAGAGAGUGAACAUGACAGCCAAGGGCCUGGAAAACAGCCUUGCGUGCCUCUCCCUGGUCUGCUGCACUUGAGCUCCCUGGACUCUGGAUAUCAGAAAAAGCCAGCCUUUCCUGCCAUCAAGAAUGAUGGUGGCUCAGCCUCUCAGCUGAAGCCACAGGAGACCAAGGAACCGGCUGCUCCAGGUAAGGCCCUGGAAACACCCUGUGGGCCACCCCCGUGUGGAUCUUCCCAGGAGCUUCCCCCACACCCAGUGGACCUGUCCAAGGCUGGUGUCCAGCGCUCAAGCAAGGACAGGGAGGUUCCCCAGGGACAAUUGAAGAGGACGGAUGCUCACAACCCCCUGCCAUGA